CAGGAGGCGGCGGGAAUGGCGUCCGUGGUGCUAAGCGAGGCUGAGAAGUUUUACAUCGUGCACGGCGUCCAGGAAGACCUUCGUGUAGAUGGUCGGGGCUGUGAAGACUACAGAUGUGCAGAAGUAGAAACAGAUGUUGUAUCAAACACAAGUGGAUCUGCAAGAGUAAAGCUGGGAGAAACUGACAUCUUGGUAGGCAUAAAAGCUGAAAUGGGGACACCAAAGUUGGAGAAACCAGACGAAGGUUACCUGGAAUUUUUUGUUGACUGUUCUUCAAAUUCUCCUGAAUUGGAAGGCCGGGGAGGAGAAGAACUUGGCACAGACAUAGCAAAUACGCUGUACAGAGUAUUCAGCUGCGAGAACAGUGUAGACUUGAAAUCCCUUUGUAUUAAUCCCAAAGAGCACUGCUGGGUUCUGUAUGUGGAUGUAUUGUUACUGGAAUGUGGUGGGAACAUCUUUGAUGCAAUCUCUAUUGCAGUGAAGGCAGCUCUCUUUAACACAAGAGUACCCAAAGUGCGUGUUCUGGAGGAUGAAGAAGGCACCAAAGAGAUUGAGCUGUCAGAUGAUCCUUAUGACUGUAUUCGACUUAAUGUAGAUGAGGUGCCUUGUAUUGUCACACUAAGCAAAAUUGGAUAUAGGCAUGUGGUGGAUGCUACCCUUCAGGAAGAAGCCUGUUCUUUGGCAAGCCUGCUUAUUUCAGUGACGAAUAAAGGUGCCAUCACUUCUAUGAAGAAGGUGGGGAAAGGUAGCCUGGAUCCUGAGAGUAUUUUUGAAAUGAUGGAGACAGGACAAAGAGUAGGCAAGUCACUUCACAUAGCCCUUCAGAAGAUUUUGGAUGAAGAAGAGAGUUUGGGGACUUCACGACCAAAAGUUGGAUUUCUAGGAUGAGUUUUUAUUAAAUGUUCAAAACUGUUUUUAA